CCGACCCGCCUGUACUCGCUAUCCUCCUCCUCAGCUCUCUAGCCUGCUUCACCGAGCGACCGUCAUACUGGCCGCCAGGAAAAGGAAAGACCGUGGCACGGCCGAGAGAGCAGCGGUGGCCCAAAGGAAGAACAGGCUCUUUCAUAAAUGACUGAAGCAAUCAACUGGACCGAGAAAUACAGGGAAAAAAUCCUUCAAGCCCGAUUUCACCCCCAAAUUUUGACGACCACCGGGAAUGAAACUGAGAACCGCUCUCGUAUUCACCAAUAUUUCAUCCGCCACCGUGGAGCACAAGGGGGAUAAGAGUCUGACUUCUUUUGAUAGCCAUCUUUUACAGACAAAAGGGAGCAGCUAAGUGAUAUAACUUCACACAGAGACAAACAGACGGUGCUGCGUGUCCCCCAAUGGCCAAAGCAGGGAAAAUGUGGAGCAGCCUGCGCAGUCGCUGCCACACCUUCCUCCACCUGGACGGCCCAUGCGAGGUCAUGGACGUGGCCCCCUGCGGGUUGGACCUGGCCCGGGCCAGCUGCUCAGGCGAGGCCCAGGCUUUCCGGGCCUCCAGCCCCCCGCGGAGCCUCUCGCCCCUCGGCCCGCUGGUGGUGCCCCGGCGGGGCCACAACUGCGCCACGGACGGCCCCCAGAUCCUGGAGAUCACGCUGGACCGGGACGGGGAGGAGGACGUGGUGCGGCGUGGGCCUGGCGGGGUGACCCUCGGCCGACGGGACUCGUACUCACGGCACGCGCCCUGGGGGGGUAAGAAGAAGCACUCGUGCUCCACCAAGACACAGAGCUCGCUGGAGGCCGAGCGGAGAGGGGGGCGCGCAUCGCGGGCGGCCGGGAGGAGGGAGAGACGCUACGCCGUCAGCUCCAUCCAGGAGAUUGCUGAGCCUGGAGGUGGGGGAGGAGGAGGAGGAGGGGGGGAUAGGGGGUCAGGAGGAGGAGUAGCGGGCCGCAGUUUGAGUGCCCGGUCACUGCGCCAGCGCCUCAGGGACACCAUGGGCCUGUGCCUGCCGCUGUCGCCACGCCGACGGUCCCGGUCCACCUCGGCCAAGCCGGCCUCUUGCUCUCUGGCCUUCUCCACUGUCUCGUCGUCUUCCUCGUCUUCGUCCUCCUCGUCCUCCUCGUCAGCCGGCUCGUCCUGCUCCUCGUCGUCCAAGCGCAAGAUCCACCUGACCGAGCUCAUGCUGGAGACAUGCCCCUUCCCACCGGGCUCGGACCUGGCCAACAAGUGGCACCUGAUCAAGCAGCACACGGCGCCGGUCAGCCUGCAGGCGUCCGGCGCACUGCUGACCUCUGAUCCCGCCGAGACCUCCGCCACCGCUGGCCACGCCGCGCCCGAGGAUGAGGAGGAGCGCAUGCGCGAGCGCCGGCGAAUCAGCAUCGAGGAAGGCGUAGACCCGCCACCCAACGCUCAGAUCCACACCCUGGAGGCGGGACUCCCGCCAAGCUCCUCCUCCUCUUCCUCCAUAUAUAAACUGGGACCAAAGAUGGCGCCAGCGACCAGUGGCAACAGUAGCGGCCCGAGCGAAUGUGCAGGCGUCGGAGUGACCGCAGAGGUGUCGGGGGUGCGGGGGAACCUGAGCGGGAUGGUCACAUCGGGGAGUGUCCUAGGCGGCCUAGUGGCCCAGGCCCUGUCCGGGCUGUCCACUUCGUCCUCGUUCUCCCACCCCCCUGCCUCAGAGGACUGUGACUCGGAGGAGGACUCCACCACCCUGUGCCUGCAGGCACGCCGGCCCAAGCAGAGGCAUGCGUCCGGUGAUGGGCACUCGUCGCGACAGGGCGGCAGCAGCAGCUCAGGCGUGGCAAGCUCGUCCAGCAGCAGCAGCGGUGGGCCCUGGAAGGUCCAUACGCAGAUCGACUACAUCCACUGCCUGGUGCCGGACCUGCUGCGCAUCACGGCCCUGCCCUGCUACUGGGGCGUGAUGGACCGCUACCAGGCCGAGGCACUGCUGGACGGCCGGCCCGAGGGCACCUUCCUCCUCCGCGACUCGGCCCAGGAGGACUACCUGUUCUCGGUGAGCUUCCGCCGCUACAACCGCUCCCUGCACGCGCGCAUCGAGCAGUGGAACCACAACUUCAGCUUCGACGCGCACGACCCAUGCGUCUUCCACGCGUCCACCGUCACGGGCCUGCUCGAGCACUACAAGGACCCGUCGGCGUGCAUGUUCUUCGAGCCGCUGCUCACCGCGCCGCUGCACCGCACCUUCCCCUUCGGGCUGCAGAGCCUGGCGCGCGCCGCCAUCUGCCAGCGCGUCACCUACGACGGCAUCGCCGCGCUGCCGCUGCCGCCCGCGCUGCAGGACUUCCUCAAGGAGUAUCACUACAAGCAGAAAGUCCGCGUGCGCUGGCUGGAGAGAGAGCUGCCCAUCAGGGGCAAAUAAGAGGGGCAAGGGGGGCAGCUUGGUGGGUGGUGGUGGUAGAGCUGGUGGGGACAUGGGGGUUAAACAGAAUCUCUGAAGCCUCUUGGGGUGAGGGGUGAGUGAGCUGGGGAGGCAUUAAUGGAUCCAGGGUCUGGGGUUGGGAUCUUGGGUGUGAUUGUGAGGCUCGGAUUUCAAACCUUCCCUCUGGGUCCCAAAUUGGCGGUGAUGGGGAGAGAAGGGGGACAUAAGGUGAAGCCAGAGAACUGUGUCAUAACUCUCCCCACCCUCCAGACACAAACGCACACACACACACACACACACACACACACGUAAACACACACCCCACCCCAGGAACAGAAGGGUCACCUGCCGGCUUCACGUGUGCGUUACCAAGAGACAUGUUAAAGGACGUGCAAACAGAACUCAAGCAAACCUCUUUAUGUCUCCUGUAUUUUAAUCAUGACUCAGUCACAUGGAACACACUCAGUGUAUGGGUGGACUCACACACACUGCCUCUAGUAACAACAAUGUUCUUUUUUUAUUUUCUUUAUCAUGUUUUUUUGUUUAUUUGUUUGUUUGUUUUUUUCGGAAAAGGCAGAACCCAGUCUUUUACUUCAUUCUUUUUUGUAAGACAAUAACUCGUAUGUGUUUUCUCUCGGUUUCUUCUUUCUUUCUUUCUUUCUGCACUCCUAUCUGCCAAAAUGUCUGAAAGCAUCGCUCUGUCGCUUUGAUCGCGUGACAAACGGCCACGCCCGUCAUUCCCGUGCUGUCCAUCAUGUGGCUUAGCCAAUCAGCUUUGUCGUCUGCAAGCUGGUGACAUGCCUUCUAAAGGACAGCCUGCACUAGUAGACAAGCUGUCUGUGAAUAGUGGACACUUUUGGCCUGGACAAGACUUAUUAGACACAGCAUGAAUAGUAGCUCACACAUCCAGGACUUAGCCUGAGUUAGUGGUGGGGAGGGUUAAGGUUCCCAGUGUGCAGUGGAGUCCAGCACCUGUUCUAGACUAGUGGUACUAGUUUUAGUACUAAUCCAGAGAGGGAUUAGGUCUAUGUUGGAGAUUAAGACCUGGCUUUGUUCUCAAAGCACAAAGCCCCUGUCAAACAGCGUGGCUUUGGGUCAAAUGUUUUUUUUUUUUUUUUACUGACCCGGACUCUCCAUCAGCCAGACCUGACCUGCUGAUCAGCUGAUGGUGAUGAUGAGUCCAGUCAGCUGAUGAGGAUUCCAGUCAGCUGUUUCUUCUUUACAGUGUUACUGAUAUGGUUAGAGCUCACUGGCUAAGCCAGUAGGUGUAGAUUUGCGCUCAAUUUCAGGUAGAGGUGUCUCUGUGGCUCUGAGACUGAACACUUAGGGCACUAGAAGGAGGAGCCAGCGAUGCCUCAGUGACCACUUCCUGUUGAUUUUUCUGACUAGAAAGUUGACAUGUGUCAGUCGUCAUGGUAACAGCUGUGCUGGAGGACAUGAUCAGCGCACCAGGCAGGGAUGGAGUGCUGUUUUUUUUUGCUCUGCAUGAUUUCCUGCGCUUCGCAGUGAUCACUGGGCUUCAAAGCACAAACAGGUUAUUCUGCCGCACACACACACAAGCUUUUACACACAGAGCAGCCGCCUGGUCUUAGUCUCAGUAGGUUUUGGUAGGCCAUCAGAGACUUUCUUCCACACAAUUCAGAUGUGCCUGUGUUAUGUCAGGUUACACACACACACACACACACAUACUUACACACUCACCUGUGUGGUUUGUGGAUACAGCAGAUGGAGAAGUCUUCCUGAACAAUUUCAUUUUUACUCACCCAUACACACACGUGUGUGCUUCCAUACCUGCCUUUUGUCUGAAGAGAAAAGAAAUUGCUAACACCAACCUUUCUGGACACUUAAGCAAAUGUGUUUCUGGUAGAAAGCAUUCAGAGAGCGUCUUCUGCAGCAUGACAGCCGCUCUGCAUGCAUACGCUCCACUCACUCAUAAGCAAGCCCAUCUAAUACACAUUUCAAGGCUUUUGCAGGCCACAAAGACAUGCUCUCAGUUACUUCUCAUUCAUAACCAGCAUAUCACCCGUUUUCCGUUAAUAGGGACUUUGGUCCCCAUCACUAACUCACAUCAGUAUCAGGUGUGCAUGGAACCCCCACCCCCCUCAUAUAACCCUAAUGCACUAGUCCAUGAGAGAAGAGAGACAAGAGAAUAUUGAGCACUGUUAAACAAAGGACGAUGACUAGAUGAAAUAAAGAUGCAGCCAACAUUUAUAUCAAAUGUACCUAUUUUAAGAAAGCAUAUAUAUAUAUAUACAGUAUAUAUAUAUAUAUAUAUAUAUAUGUGUGUGUCUGUGUGUGUAAUUAUGUAAGUCUAAAGGAGUAUUUUUGGUAAAGAGAAGUGAAAUGAACAACUUGAAUUCUGUUGGAUUGGAAAAAACCACCACAGAGGGGGGAGGGGGCAUUUUAUUAAUUCUCAAUGUGAACGACAUUGACUUGAUAAAUUUAUCUCAAAGAGGUGAUCGAAUCCCCCCUGACAAAGUGUCAGACUGUCAUCACUUUAAUGUGGUGUGUCUGUGUGGGCAAGGGUCUGUGCAUGCAUUUCUGUGUGUUUGCACGUAUGAAUGUUGGUGUUGUUGAGACCAAAGUUGGACUAGUGGGCAUACCCGGUCAUUUGUGUUGAAGGACACAGUUUUAUCAGCAUAUCUCCUCAUAUCUCUUUGAGCUAUAUGGGCUAGCAAAUCAUCAGGUCCAAGUUUUCAAAGGUAUCCAUUUGCCUCAGUGGCAGUCAACUGGCUAGUGUGCACUGAUUGGUCAGCAAAUUGCUCAGGAAGCUAGUGUAUCCAAUAGGCACAAACCACACCAAGGUUUUGUCCUGCUCUUCCUCCAACCCCAUGGACUCUUUUGUCAGACAUCAGUGCAGCCCUUUGAAUGCCAUGAACUUGCUUACUCUGUUGUGUCUCAACAGCAGUAGUCCGAUCCAGUUGUGUUUAUUUAUGCUGUGCCGUUCACAAGGAAGAUUGUCUCAAGGCACAUUGAUGAACCCAAGGCUUGAAUCUCCUAGAGCGAGAAGGGCCACAGUCAUAAUGACCGCCACAAGGGCAAGACUGACAUUUGUGAAUUCGGGCCUUAGACUUGAAAGCGCUUUGCACUCACCAGCAAUUAGCACCGGCCUCCUGACCGCAUGUGGCCGAGACCUGAGUCAGAUUCGGCCCAGAUGUGAGCCAGAUAGAACUCAGAGUGUGCUAUUAUCUGACCCGUAUACUGUCUUCAGCUCCGGCCUGAAUAGAAGACGUUAGCAGUGCAUUCACAGACAUCAGGCCUGGCUGAGCUAACUAAGGACUGACCAUGCCCAUCUCCAGCUACAGCUACUGGGCAGUGAGCACUGCCAGAGAGCAGCAGACGCUGGGCCAGAGGUGGCCCAGAGCCAGUCCGCAGUCGCCUGCUUACAAACACACCAGCUUGUUAUAUAACAGUUCCAAUCCACUGCAUAUGCUUUGCACUCAGAACCUCUGCCUAGCAGUGUCACCAAAUGCAUCUGUAUCUCUGAGUGUGUGUGUGUGUGUAUGUGAGCGCAUUUCCAUGGCUGAGUCAUCAUGGAGUUUUAGAGGGAGAGAGCGGAGUCUGGCAUUAGAGCAGCAUAUUGACGUGCACCCUGUGCUUUUACUGCUCCAAAACAUAUUCAUUAUACACCACGGGGCGCAUUGUAAGAGGUCAAAUAUGCGCCGUCUGACUCUCUCUCUCUCUCACACACACACACACACACACACACACAUACGCAUCUGUUCAGUGUGUGUGUGUGAGACACUCUUGGCACUUUGCCAUCAUUCCUUGCCCUACCCCUGGUGUUAAUUGCAGGCAAUAUUUAUCCCUCCGGGGGCUAAAUUUACUGGUUGGUAAAAGGGCCUGUACUCUGAACUACAGUACUCCGAUUUGGGAGGGGACUAGCUGAGAGACGGAGAGAGAGAGAUUUUCCUCCUCUCUUUUGCUCUUGCUCAUUUUCAUUUCACCACUUCCUCUACUUCCUGUGGAAGAACAGCGAGAGAAAGAGAGAGAGGCAUGUUUUGUGCAGGAACAGUUGCCAGCACCCCACCCCCCCAGUGCACACACACAUGCACACAUUAUGGGGCACUGUGAAAUGGACAGGUUAGAUUCAGUGUGUGUAUGUGUGUGUUGUGUGUGUGGGAAGUGUCAGACAGAUGAGUGUGUGUGUGUGUGUGUGUGUGUGUGUGGCAGUGGGAGGUGGGGCCGUCACAGAGAGGAAUACUGGUACUUGAGUGUGCUGUGAGGGGUGUACUCCUCUGCCCUGCUCUCUCUGCCUCCCUCUCUUCUUCUCAUCCCCCUUUCUCUCUCUCCUUCUCAUCCCUUUUCUCUUCACACUCCUAUGAACAGCACCUCAUCAGCAUCCCUCCAUCAGUGGCAAACAAAGCAUCUCUCCACAAUCCCAGGCAGGGUUUGUCCGCCCAUAUCAGAAGUUCAAAUAGCCUGCUUCGCUCUUAAUCCAUAACAGACAUGGGUCAUUAGCAGAGUGUGUUGUCUCAGUCAUGUGGUUCACACAGAGGAAGCUACCAGGGGAUAUACACAGACACAAAUACAGGCUAUCGAGACGCAUUGGCUGCCUGUGAACCAGAAAGAGCAAUAGCAGCGUCACUCUCCAAAGGUGUCUUAACCCUUAAAGGAGUACCGUCGGGAAUGUUGGGAAAUUAACAUUCUAAAGAAUAUCUGGGUUCAUUGAAUUCAACAUAGAAUUUUAGAACCAAUUUUCAAUUGUUGCGGAACUUAGAAUGUUCAAAAACCUACACCUUUAAGGGUUAAGGAGGCCGGGGAGGCGCUUAGUGUGGACGCCUGGCCCACUGUGUCUGUCUCAGGCAUGGUAUCUGGGCUGAGCGCGCAGCCACUCUCUCUCUCUCGCUCUGUUUGAUGCAGAAGGGCUCAACGCCCUCUCCUUUGUUUGAAAUUGAGAGUGAGCACAUCAACCCAUGCCCCACCAGCCCCAGACACACGCACACGCACACACACACACACACACGCCCUCGGCCGUAAGUUGAACCCAUCAGUUCAAAGGCGCAAGGGUGUCAGAGUUGGAGCUUUGUGAGGAACUGGUGUACCAUUGUCCUUUAGGCCCUUUUUCUUGAACAAAAAUUAUGCAAAAAAGAGCAAUGCUAAAACAUGCAUAUGUAAAUAUAUAUACAAAUAUAUUAUUUUUGUUUCUGAAUAUUUAUCUUCCCUGAUUAUGCAAACAGAGCUUGAUGUAACCAUGGUUACACCCCUGAGUGUCACUUUAUUGUGGUGUGACCAUGUGCAGUCUCCCCAGUGUGGACCUACGUACACACGUGUGCGCACACACACACACACACACAGAGCAGUGAGGACGUGAUGACAAUUUGACAAUGAUGAGGAAUAAUGGAUGUCAGUGCUCAUGGAGUUCAGCUGAGUCGUCAUCCAAUCCCUUUGCACGCACGCACACACACACACACACACACACACACACACACACACACACACACACACCCAUAUACACACACACAUCCUUGGCACGACAGCCCUCUCCAGUAUGACCAAUCACAAGGACCCUUACUGCCACGGGCAAGAUCAGCUCAUGUCAGACUAAUGUCAUUUCACGCACACACACACACACACACUCCUUGCUCUCUCCUUCGGUCACUCUAUCCUUGCUUUUUUGUCUUCCACUUUUAGUUGCGGCUGUCAGGAUCAGGUGUUUUGGAAAGAUGAUCAUUAUCCCAUUUUCACUGUCUGCAUUCUGUUUCAGUUCUUUCUUUCACCAUACUUCCCCUUGGUUUUUUCUCUUCUCUCUCUCUUCUCUGGUGUAACAUUUUUAAUAAAGAGCCAAUCAAUGCGACACAUGUAGCUAUCUCUUGGUGCUUUAGCCUACGCUUCAUUGUCUUAAUAUUCCAAAAUAAAAAAAAAAUGGUUCAAUGUA